UGGGCGCCCGCAGUCCGGAGGGGAGCGAGGUCAUCGCCGCAGCCGCUGCCGGGUCCCGGCUCCACAGCAGCAUGUGGCGCGUGUUCGCGCGGCGCCUCGCCCCGUGCGCGGCCCCGCGGCGGGUGCCCGGAGCGGCGGGAGCGAGCCCUGGCCGGGGGGCCCGCGCCCUGAACGGAGGGAGCCUGGGGGCCGCGCAGCCCCCGCCGGGCCCGGGCCGGGGCCGGGGCCGGAGCGCGCCGGGGCCCAGGCCCGCGGGGCGGCUGCUGCUGCUGAGGGAGCCCUGGCCCCGCCUCGUCCCCCGGCGGUGGUGCAGCCUCCCGCCCCACCAGAAGGUGCCUUUGCCGGCUCUUUCCCCUACAAUGCAGAUGGGGACUAUCGCUCGGUGGGAGAAGAAGGAAGGGGAGAAGAUCAGCGAGGGUGAUCUGAUUGCAGAGGUGGAAACAGACAAAGCGACUGUGGGAUUUGAGAGUCUGGAAGAAUGUUACUUGGCUAAGAUCCUGGUAGCAGAAGGGACAAGGGAUGUCCCCAUUGGGUCUGUAAUAUGUAUCACAGUUGAAAAGCCUGAGUUUAUUGAUGCCUUUAAGAAUUUUACCUUGGAUUCUGCAGCACCUGCUGCUACAGCAGCCUCAGUACCUCCCCCUCCAGCGGCAGUUCCCCCGCCACCAGCUCAGCCCUCUGUGCAGACUCCAGGCAGCUCCUAUCCUCCUCACAUGCAGAUUGUUCUCCCUGCUCUCUCACCAACGAUGACAAUGGGCACGGUUCAGCGGUGGGAGAAGAAGGUUGGUGAGAAACUGAGCGAAGGAGACUUACUGGCAGAAAUUGAAACAGAUAAAGCCACAAUAGGCUUUGAAGUGCAGGAAGAAGGCUACCUGGCAAAAAUUCUGGUGUCUGAAGGAACAAGGGAUGUGCCAUUAGGAACCCCACUCUGUAUCAUUGUGGAGAAGGAGUCUGAUAUUCCAGCAUUUGCUGACUACAGGGAUACUGGAGUAGCUGAUAUCAAACCACAAGCACCACCACCCAGUCCUCUCCCUCCGGUGGCAGCUCCUCCUCCCCAGCCCACUGCCCCUUCAGCUCCAGCAGUCUCAUCAUCUGGGGCUCCUGUACAUAAAGGAAGGGUAAUAAUUAGCCCCCUGGCAAAGAAAAUGGCAGCAGAAAGAGGAAUUGACAUUGCGCAGGUGAAAGGUACUGGACCAGAUGGCAGAAUCACGAAGAAAGAUAUUGAGUCAUUUGUGCCUCCAAAGGUUGUCCCUGCCCCGGCAGCUCCUGUUACACCUGCAGCUCCAACAGCAACACCACCUCCUUCAGGUGUCUUCACAGAUAUCCCCAUCAGUAAUGUUCGGAGGGUCAUUGCUCAGCGUUUGAUGCAGUCUAAACAAACAAUACCUCACUACUAUCUGUCUAUUGAUAUAAAUGUGGAAGAAAUAUUGGAGCUCAGGAAAGAACUCAAUAAGGAGGUGUCGGAGAACAUUAAGCUUUCCAUCAAUGACUUCAUCAUUAAAGCUUCAGCUCUGGCUUGUGUGAAGGUGCCUGAAGCCAAUUCCUCAUGGUUGGACACUGUUAUCAGGCAAAAUCAUGUAGUGGAUGUUAGCAUUGCAGUGAGUACUCCUGCAGGGCUUAUAACUCCCAUCGUGUUCAAUGCGCACAUAAAGGGAUUGGCUUCCAUUAGUAAAGAUGUUGCCUCUUUGGCAGCCAAAGCACGAGAAGGUAAACUUCAGCCCCAUGAAUUCCAGGGAGGCACUUUUACGGUUUCCAAUUUAGGAAUGUAUGGGAUUAAGAAUUUUUCUGCCAUAAUCAAUCCACCUCAGGCAUGUAUUCUGGCAGUUGGUACUUCAGAGAACAGGCUGGUGCCAGCAAAUAAUGAGAAGGGGUUUGAUGUGGCCAGCAUGAUGUCAGUUACUCUUAGUUGUGACCAUCGAGUUGUGGAUGGAGCAGUUGGAGCCCAGUGGCUUGCUGAGUUCAAAAAGUUCCUUGAAAAGCCAACAACCAUGCUGCUAUAAUCAAACCAAACAACCAAGACUUUCCUAGGUCACAUUGUUCUGUUCUAAUCAAGCUAUUUAUAUUUCAGUGAUUAGACUCUAUUAAACAAAUUUUCCUUUUUUAUUUUAAAUAUGUAUAUUAACUGGUAAUUUUUACCAUUCUGUACAGAUAAAUAGUUUGCAAAAGGCUUUACAGAGCAAUAUACAGUUAUACUGUAUUUUAUACAGUUAAUGAAUUUGCCAAUGUUUCUCAAAAAAAAGUCAAGUGUCUUGGAUUUAAAAUCAUGUGAGCACUGUAUGCUUCAUGUAUGCUCCUGAAUUGGGGUGGGCAGGAGCAUACACAGAUAUAUAAUCUCUUAUGUUCUCAGAAAUUAAGAGAACCAGAUUGUAAACAUCUGUGCAAAAGAAUCUGUAAGGCUUGGUAGCUGAAAUCUACAAGCUAGUUUAAAACAAAAAACAAAACAAAAAAAGUGAACCCUAAGUGGUCUGUUCUCCUGUUAGUAUUAGUGAGAGUGACAGGCAUACAUUGAGAGGAGGAAUAUUUUUUCAUAGGACAAAGGGUUCACAUUGCAAUUCCUCCUUGGAAUUCAACACUAGCUUAGAUUUUCACAGCUAAGUGAUCCCUUUUUAGAGGACUUAAAAAAAAAAAAAAAAAGGCAAGAGAGAAGUUAAAUUAAUCAAGCUAUCAAAACAGUACAAUCAAAUCUCUUCUAAAUGUCACAGAGAAUGUGCCCCAUCCUUGUGGAUUUUCACGUGUGUGUAUUUUUGUAUGAAAUUAUCUUAAAUGGCUGCUUUCCCCUUUGCAAUGUUAACAGUACACCCUGUUGCAAUGGAAAUAGUUGUACUGCAGACCAGUCAGGAGAAUUUCUUGCUAGGUGUGUCGAUACCUGUUGUUAGCAUGUGUAAUUUGGCCAUUGGAAUUCCAUCCCUGGCAAUCAUUUUUGUGAUGAGUUGCAUGUUUGAAAAUUGAUUUUUCAGACAUUCUUGACACAGGAAGCUCUAACAUGAGUUGAGGUCAUUGAUAUCACAAUUCUUAAAUGAAAUGUCUUUACUGCCCCAGCCUUCAUAAACUGUGAAUGUGCUGUCCCAUGUAUAUAAUGUAUGUAAAAUGCUUUAAAUGGUUUUCUAUUGGACUUGUACCCAAAUACACUAAUAGUUGUGUCCUACAGUGGGGGGGAUACAUUAGUGGCCACUCCCAAUAUUCCACUUUCCAAAGGGAAAUCUUAACUUAAAAAGAAAGAUCAUGUAGUUGAUCGGUGACCUGGAGAGCUUGGUAGGAAUGAAAGGUUAUUCUGUACCCUAUACAUUACAUUAAAUAUUGUCUCUUGUAAAGUUGUGCUACAGAAUCCACUAAAGAUAAUACUGAAAAAAUACACUGUGGAGAUGAAAUAUUUUUGUGAGAACUAUUUAACGUUUUACUCGGUUGGUUGCAGUUAUACCUAACUUUGAUGGUUGGGUAAGAAGAAAAGUUGUUGCAUUUAAGUAUAAAAAUGUUCUGAUUUUCUCAGUUCCAGAUUCUUGGGUGAGUCCAUGUGUUCUAUUAAAUCUUUGGAAUUGUUAGACUAAUAAAAAUUGUCCCAGUGCUUUUUCUGUUUAGUAAUGGGUGCUGCUGACCUCGCUGCUAGUGCACAGUCUGUGCAAGUUGUCAGCCCUUCUGGUUGGGCAAAUGCAAUUUUACCCUGUUAACCUUAAGGUUUCCCGCCAUAAGUGUUCAGCAGUGUCUCUGUUAAGCCACUGUCAUGUAGCACUAGACUUGGAUGAUCUAUGUUUCUGACUCCACUGCACCGAGUACUUAGAAUUCGGGUUAAGGAAAUCCUGGACACUCUUGUUGUUCCUUCCCUGUAAUAAACUGAAAAUCAAAACAGGAACUAGCUUGUGCCAAAGGACCACGGUCCUAUUGCGAGCCUGACUGGUGAACAGGCUGCAGAACAGCAGAAUGAUCCUUUCAGCUCUGUGUUUGUAUUUGGCUUUGUGUUGCUUGCAGUGCCCUGUUGCACACUAUACACUCCAACUAGGGCAGCUCAUGUACAUUAACGCUAUUUCAGGCUGACCUAUAACUAUAGAAAUGCAGUCUUUAGAUGCAAUCCUUGUAACUGUUUCAGAACAAAAAAGGAAAACUAAGAAUUGCUGCUCGUGAGUAAAUUAGUCUGUUAAAAUUAAAUACAAUUAUACAUUUGUAACCUG